UUACUGGGGGGUCGCAGUUCAGGUUGGAUCGUGGAUCGAAGUGCAUCGUUUUCCAUCGUAUAUUCCGUCGUAUUUCGAAAGGCCAGACAGUUAAUUGGAAAGCGUGUUAAAAUGGCAAACGUGUUCUUCUCUUUGGUGUUUUGUUUGGCAUUUGCGCAGUUAGCUCAUAUGUAUCCUCAAAAUGCAGAUUACGGUCGAAGAGGUGUUCGAGAGUAUGCAUCAGAGCCCCUGAGCAACAACGUGGUGCGGAAGGAUAUCUUUGUCCUGGAAAUACCCGAAGCAGCCAUUGAAGACGAGAUCGAAGAACAGAUGGCCGUGAUGAUGGAAAGGAGAGCCAAGCAGCAAUUGGCGUUGGAUCGAUUUGUGUUGAAGCUAUACGAGGAGUUCCGCAGGCGCGAACAAGAGGGUACUUUGAAUGUACAUCGUCAGCGGUUGUGAAAUUGUUGAAUAAAUUAAAUGUGUUCCUUAAUAA